GGGCUCCGGAGCGCACUGGAGCUGGGGUGCAGCCAUGGGCGCGCGCAGCGAGGUGUAACACGCGCGGGGAGGCCGGACAGCUCUCGCUCAUGCGCAAAUUGCACAGCGGCUCUCGCUGGCCCGCCCCUCCCCGUCUCCCCCGGGCUCCAUUUAAAGGCGCAUGCGAGGCCGCGGAAGGCUUAAGGGAAGAGCCGCAGCCAGAGCGAGACCAUGCGGGAGAUCGUGCACCUCCAGGCCGGGCAAUGCGGCAACCAGAUCGGAGCCAAGUUUUGGGAAGUCAUCAGUGAUGAGCAUGGCAUAGACCCCACCGGUACCUACCAUGGAGACAGUGACCUGCAGCUGGAGAGGAUCAACGUGUAUUACAAUGAGGCUUCAGGUGGGAAGUACGUGCCCAGGGCAGUCCUGGUGGACCUGGAACCUGGGACCAUGGACUCGGUCCGAUCUGGUCCUUUUGGGCAGAUCUUCAGGCCUGACAACUUUGUCUUCGGUCAGAGCGGAGCUGGUAACAACUGGGCCAAGGGGCACUACACGGAGGGGGCCGAGCUGGUGGACUCGGUGCUGGAUGUGGUGAGGAAGGAGGCGGAGAGCUGCGACUGCCUGCAGGGCUUCCAGCUGACCCACUCGCUGGGCGGCGGCACCGGCUCGGGCAUGGGCACGCUGCUGAUCAGCAAGAUCCGGGAGGAGUACCCCGACCGCAUCAUGAACACCUUCAGCGUGGUGCCGUCGCCCAAGGUCUCGGACACGGUGGUGGAGCCCUACAACGCCACCCUGUCCGUCCACCAGCUGGUGGAGAACACGGACGAGACCUACUGCAUCGACAACGAGGCCCUGUACGACAUCUGCUUCCGCACCCUCAAGCUCACCACCCCCACCUACGGCGACCUCAACCACCUGGUCUCUGCCACCAUGAGCGGCGUCACCACCUGCCUCCGUUUCCCCGGGCAGCUCAACGCUGACCUCCGCAAACUGGCCGUCAACAUGGUGCCCUUCCCUCGCCUCCACUUCUUCAUGCCCGGCUUUGCCCCCUUGACCAGCCGCGGCAGCCAGCAGUACCGGGCCUUGACCGUGCCGGAGCUGACCCAGCAGAUGUUUGACGCCAAGAACAUGAUGGCGGCCUGUGACCCCCGCCACGGGCGCUACCUGACGGUGGCGGCCGUCUUCCGCGGCCGCAUGUCCAUGAAGGAGGUGGACGAGCAGAUGCUGAACGUGCAGAAUAAGAACAGCAGCUACUUCGUGGAGUGGAUCCCCAACAACGUCAAGACGGCCGUGUGCGACAUCCCGCCCCGCGGGCUCAAGAUGGCCGCCACCUUCAUUGGCAACAGCACGGCCAUCCAGGAGCUCUUCAAGCGCAUCUCGGAGCAGUUCACCGCCAUGUUCCGCCGCAAGGCUUUCCUCCACUGGUACACCGGCGAGGGCAUGGACGAGAUGGAGUUCACCGAGGCGGAGAGCAACAUGAAUGACCUGGUCUCCGAAUACCAGCAGUACCAGGAUGCCACGGCUGAGGAAGGCGAGUUCGAAGAGGAGGCAGAGGAAGAAAUGGCAUAGACCUUCCCGUUCCCUCUGUCCCCGACACACGCACCUUGUGCCCACCAGUCCUACCAAACCAAUGGACCACGUUGCCCCUGCUGGCAUAGGCUUGAACGUUCUCCACCCAGCGAGAAACCGAUAAGAGCUUGGUGCAAACCCUGCCCCCUACUGGUAGGUUGGGGAAGUUCAAGGUGUCUGUGUAGUAGUGGGAGGGUUUGUCGGCCUUGUUCGGGAAUUGGCAGCAAGUGGUAAUAGGUCUAGGUAAAACUGUCAGUCUCUUCCCUUUUCAUCCACCGCAUCUCGCCCUCCAGAAACACAGCUCUCCUGCAGUGAAUUCUGUCUUCAUGUCAUGUACAGUCAUGUGAUUUCUCUUUCUUUCCAGAGAUGAGUAUGCACUAACUCGUCACUUGCUCUUUUUUGUUUGUUGUUGUUUUUGUGCUGGGCUUAAAAUAAAACUAGAGGAUCAUGGAACUCAUGGGGGGGGAGGGUUUUGUGGAAAGGGGCAGGGUAAGGAAUUGAUCUCCAGGGUGGCAAUCCUCCCUAAUCCCCCCCAAACCCCCUCCAAGAUCUUUCUGCUUUCAAAACAGUUUGUCUGUGUAUGUUUCCACAAUAAAAUAUUGAAUAAUAUUAAA